AUGAUUAUUAGUGCAUGGAACGUGAGAGAACUUAACAAGUCCGACAAAUAUAAAGAGUUUAAAGUUUUUUUAGGUAAAAAUAAGCUUGAUUUAGUUGGUUGUUUUGAAACUAGAGUCAAGCAUAAUAAAAGUUCAAAAAUCCAAAGGUUGUUGGGUGUGGAUUGGCAAUUCCUUGACAAUUAUAAUCAUGCACCGAAUGACAGAAUUUGGAUAGGGUGGAAGCCUGCUGAUGUUGUUAUAGAAAUGUUUAGCUCCUUCCAAGUGAUUCACUGUAUAGUGAAAGAUAAGUUGUCCUCAUUCUCUAGCUAUGUUACAUUCGUGUAUGGGCUGCACUCAUUAGAGGCUAGAAGACCAUUGUGGGCUGAUCUAAGGCAGAUUUACUCUAAGGUCAUAGGACCUUGGAUCAUACUAGGGGAUUUUAAUAGUGUACUACAUGCAGAUGACAGAGUGAAUCCUGACCCAGUGCAUCACUCAAAGACUGCAGAUUUCCAACAAUGCCUAGAUGAUAUUGGGGACUAUACAAAUGUGGAAACUUUAUAUAUGCUUCCUGGAUGCUCAGAUCAUACUCCAGUGAUUAUCAACACGGCUAGCAUCAGAACUCAAAUUAACAAACCAUACAGGUUGCUUAAUGUCAUGUUGACUAAUCCAGACUUUCAACAGCAAGUACAGGACAUAUGGAAGCAAGAGGUGAAAGGGUCUGCUAUGUACUCUAUUUGCAGGAAACUGAAAAAACUAGAGUUGGCCACCAGAGGAAUACACAAAGAAUUAUCAUCAGCCGAGAUUAAAUUAGCCCCUACUAUACCUGCACUCAAUAUAAACAUUGUAAGAGAUGGGCCUUGCUUGUCGUUAUCACAACAACAACUGAUGUUGCAACCAGUGACCAAAGAGGAAAUUGCACAAGUAGUAAAGGCACUCCUCCUUGACAAGUCACCAGGAAUGGAUAGGUAUCCGGCUGAAUUCUACAAACAAUUCUGGUCUGUAGUAGGGGAGGAAGUCACUUUAGCAGUGAUUCAAUUUUUUCAAACAGGAAAGCUACUGAAAGAAGUAAACUGCACAAAUAUUACUUUAAUUCCGAAGGACCCAAACCCAACGUAUGUCAAGCAAUUCAGGCCAAUAGCCUGUUGUUCCACAUUACAUAAAAUCAUUGCUAAAAUCCUCAUGGUAAGAUUGAAAACAAUUGUAGACUUUCUAGUGGGACCAUCUCAAUCCGCCUUCAUUGAGGGAAGAAACAUACUGGAUAAUGUUAUACUUGCACAUGAGCUUCUCAAAGGGUACACGCAGAAAUCAGUCUCACCCCGAUGUAUGAUUAAGGUCGACAUUAGAAAGGCAUACGACUCGAUGGAAUGGAGUUUUUUGCGAAUGUUAAUGCUUGGGCUUGGGAUCCCUACGAAGAUGGUGAACUUAAUAAUGCAAUGUGUAACUACAGUGAGUUAUACACUGCUGAUCAAUGGGGGAACGACUACUAAAUUCCAAGCAAAAAGGGGGCUCAGACAGGGUGACCCCAUGUCACUAUAUUUGUUUGUGUUGGUGAUGGAAUACCUAAACAAAUCCCUUAUGCAACUACGACACAAUCCAUCCUUUAAAUACCAUCCUAGAUGCUCUAAAUUAAAUAUUGUGCACGUAUGCUUUGCGGAUGAUCUGUUAAUGUGUUGUAAAGCUGAUAGAAGCUCAAUUGAUCUGAUGCUACAAGCUUUCGAAAACUUCUCAAGCCUCGGGACUCAAGGCAAACAUGGACAAGAGCUAUCUUUACAUAGCCGGGGUAAACAGAGAGCUCAAAGACCAGCUGGUAGAGGAUCUACAAUUUUGUGA